CGGACAGAGAGGAGAGAGAGAGAGAGAGAGAUGGGUCGGUCGCGGCGGAAAUACAAGAAAUCCCAUCCGAAAGUGCGAGUAGGUUUGCCGAGGAAGAACCCUCACGUCUUCAAACCCGCAUUCACCGUCCCUCCCAAGCUCCGCUCUCUUACCUCGGGGAAGAAAUGGGAUGAGAAGGGCAGCGUCAUCAGCAACUACAAAUCGCUCGGUGUCGUCUCGAACCCUAACCUUCUCGGCGUCAGAUCUCGGACGCCGCACAUUGUCCAGAGCGAUUCGCUGCAGGUCCCUCCCCCGGCCGAGUACAGGACUGAGUUGUCCGAGUUCGACCCGAUUGAUAGCGGCAGCGACCUGGAGGAAGAAGAUCUGAAAUCAGUGCUGGGGAAGAAACGGAGGGAUGGAAAAACAGCCCCUUUGCAGCGUUUGACUACUAUGCAAUCCAUUUAUGUCAGUCGAUUGAUUGAAAAAUAUGGUGAUGACUAUGAGAGUAUGUUCAUGGACACGAAGUUGAAUGCAAUGCAGCACUCGGUGGCAACUCUGCAGAAGCUCUGCAAAAGAUUUCAUGAUGCUAAACAGGGAAAACUUUUCUUAGCAAAAUAGGAAUCCUCUUCUUUGGUUAGGCUGUUGUGCCAUUGAAGAGGCAAAGUGGUCAACUUUUUGGUUGUAUACGGUUCUUUUUCAUUGACGUACCAGUCACAAUGUUUGUUUCAAAAAAAGAAGCAA